AUGGAAACAACAAAGUUAAAUUAUCAAAAUGAUUUAGAACCACGUGUAUUUGAUUAUAUACCGUCCGAUUGUUAUGAAUGUUUAAGUUAUCGUGACAUUAUUAUUACACAAUUAAAUGAUAUACCAAUGAAUUCAUUUGAAAAAUUUCAUUUUGGACCAUUUGAUACUUAUUUACUUUUAAAUGGUCAAUUAAAAUUAACAUUAAAAUCAUUUGCAUUUAAUAAUUUUAUAAUAAAUAAACCAAAUCAUACAAUGUUUAUUACAAUGUCAGCACCAAAUUCUUGGUUAAAUAUUACAAAUGAAACAUUUAAUGGUUUAGAUAUUCGAUCAUAUUCAACAUUAAAAUUAAUAAUUAAAUAUUUUUAUGGUAUUACAUUUUAUUCACAAUCACUUAAUGGAAUUAAAAUGGGAAAACAAUCAAAAUUAAUUAUUGAAAUAUCAUCUGUUACACAAGUACACUUUUUAUCUAAUAUUUUUGGUAAUAAAUCAAAUUUAUCAUCACAUAAUUCAUCAUAUGAAAUUCAUAUAUUACGUACAGAUACUAUAUUAUUUAAUGAAAACAGUUUUUCAUCAAUUCAAUUAUAUGAUUAUCAAAAAUUAAUAAUUAAUUUAGAAUUAAUAUCAUUAAUACAUUUAAAAAAAUAUUCAUUUUCUAAUUUAAUAUUAAAUUCUUAUUCAUUAUUUAAAAUUAAUUCUAUUUUUAUUAAUAGAUUUACAAUUGAUUCUUAUGCAUUUUCUGAUAUAAUUUUAGAUCGACAUUCAAAAUAUAAUUUAACAAUUAAAAUUCUUGGUACAUGUAUAUGUUUAACAUCUUAUUCAUUUUCUAAUUUAAUAUUAAAACCAUUUUCAAUAUUUUAUACAGGAUUUAAUAAUGUUCGUGGUAUAUCACUAUUUUCUUAUUCAUUUUUUAAUUUACAAUUAAAUAUAAAUUCAAAAUUAAUUAUAGAAUCAAAUAAUCCAGUAAAUGAUCCAAAUCCAAUUAUUAAUAUUGCAUCAAAUACAUUUAUGAAUAAUAUUGGUACAACAUUAUUAAAAAAUGAGGGUACAAUUAAUUUUAAUUUUAACUAUGUAACAUUAAAUCGUUAUGAUAUUGAUUCAUUACAAAUGAAUUUUAUCUAUAUAAUUAAAUUAAAAGAUAUUGGAUUAUUAGAUUUAAGUAAUUUAACAACAACUGUAUAUCAAAUAAAAAAGUUAACUAUAUUAUUUAAUGGUGUUAGAUACGUUAAAUGGCCAUUAGAACAAAUAUCAUUAACGAAAAAAUUAACUAGUCAUUCAUUGAACAGCGAACAAGUUGAUACAAAUAAAUUACAAUAUCAUCAUGAAUUUCCUCCUAAUGAACGAUCGAUUCAAUUUUAUUUUAAUUAUGUAUCAAAUCAGAGUUGUAUUCUUUAUGAUGCUCCAUCUGAUAUUCCAUGGUAUUUUCUAUCGAAUUCAUCAUGUAAUUGUCCAUUGUUAUUCGCUUAUAAACAUGGUAAAUUAGAUGGUCAAACAAUUGAUUGUAUUAGAAAACAGAGUGGAAAAGAGAGUGUAUUAGCUAUGAAUGAAUGUAAAUUUGAUAGAGUAAAAGAAUUAUGUACUGAUAUAUUUGAAUUAUUUAGUCAAGCAACAAAAUAUUAUAAUAGUGAUGAUCAGAAUAAUUCAGCUAUAGUUCAACAGCCACUAUCACGAUGGGAAUACUCUAAAACAUGGCAAACACGACAAAAAUGGAUGGAUAAAGAUUUAUCUGACACAUAUUUAAAUCCCAUUGUACUUCGACAAUUAGUUGAUAUAAAUUAUUUAAAAUGUAAUAUAAAUUUUUCAUAUACAUCGUCCAUUAUUAUACGAACAAGAUUAGGUAAUUUAGGAUUAGUUAUUGGAAUUAUUAUUGGUGUAUUCGUUUUAUUAUUGAUUAUUGUUAUGGCACUAUUAAACGGUGUACAAUAUAAAAUGCGUGAAUAUGAUCCUGAAUGGACCUAUAGACGAAAUAUGUCAUGGACAUCAUUAAGACGAACAUUAUCACAAACAUCGUUAAGAAGAUCACGACGAGAUUUAAGAAUUAAUGGAACAAUUAUUAAUGAAUCUGGUACGGAUGAUAGAAGAAUUUCAAGAUCAGACAAUCAAUUGGAUUGUUUACAAUAUCAUAAUGAUGAACAAUCUCAACCAUUUGAGAUUCAAAAUUGUCAACGUUCACAUCGAAAUAAAACAGUUAAAAAUGAAAUAGUUGAUGAUGAUGAAACAGAAGUCACGUGUGAACCAUUAGAUAUUGAUACGAAGAGGACGUCAAAACGUUAA